UAAAUUUGUGUCAGAAUGCUUUAAAAUGAACGCAAUAACACAUUAAUUGCCUCUCCAACGAUACACGUACAUUUCCGGAGUUUAGUACGUAGGUAAAUCAAUAAAUAACAGACUCUAGCUAGAUGAUCCACCCAGCAUUGAUAACUCAUAAGUGGUAUAUUUUGUACAUUGACUCUUGCCUGCAUAUCUCACUGCUGGUCGUAUAAAAGUACAGUUUGUUACAUAACACUGAAAGUAACUUGUGGCAUGUGACAAUUGGAAGGUUGAUGAACAGUUGAAACCAACGUUUUAACUGAAAUUUGUUCCUUCAGAUUAGAACUAUGUUUGCCAUCAGCUGUCAUGGCACGAUCUCCCCAAAGCAGUAUAGUUACUGUUCAAACUCUUCAGAUGUGAUACUGGCUGAAGAUACAUUUGGAACCUUCAAAAAUGAAUCGGGGAAAACAGAAACAGUUAGACGUUUCACUUUGUCAAAUAAGAAUGGCAUGCGUAUAGAGAUUAUCAACUAUGGAGCUACCAUCACAAGGUUGAAUGUUCCUGAAAAGACUGGGAGACUUGAAGAUGUUGUUUUGGGUUUUGACAAUAUAGAAGGAUAUUUAGGAUCAAGCAAUCCAUACUUUGGAUGCAUUGUUGGAAGAGUUGCCAAUAGGAUUGGCAAAGGGAUGUUCCAUCUUGAGGGUGAAGAAUACAAUGUAACUCUUAACAGAGGAACAUACCAUCUUCAUGGAGGGAAGAAGGGUUUUGAUAAGGUACUGUGGGAGUCACAUGUGGAGGGUAACAAAGUGACAUUUUCAUACCUAAGCAAGUGUGGAGAGGAGGGUUACCCAGGACAUGUUCUGGUACAGGCCAUGUACCAGCUGUCUUCAGAUAAUAAACUUAUUUUGGAUAUGAGUGCCAUAUCAACUAAACCAACACCAAUUAACCUCACAAACCACACUUAUUUCAAUUUGGCUGGACACAAAAAAGGUAGAACUGGUAUUUUGGAACAUACCAUGUGCAUAAAUGCUGAUAGAUACACAGAAGUGGAUCACGAGAGUAUUCCUACAGGUGAAAUAAGGUGCCUUGGAGACUCAAACAUGGACCUGAGAGUUCCGAGAGUUCUUGCUCAUGUUCUGAGUGCUACAGGGGGCAUUGACCACAACUACUGUAUCAACCGGUGCAGCCAUGGAGGUCUCACCUUUAUAGCCAGGGCAACACAUCCCCAAUCGGGACGAUUCAUGGAGAUCUAUUCUGAUCAGCCUGGUGUACAGUUCUACACUGCAAACUUUUUACCUGACCCAAGUUCAGAAGAUACGUUGAUAGUUGGAAAGAAUGGAGCAAAUUAUGUGAAGCAAGGAGCGUUUUGCUUGGAGACACAGAACUUUCCUGAUGCUGUCAAUCAUGUGAACUUCCCAAACAGUAUACUGAACCCAGGAUAUACAUAUACACACAGAGUGAUUUAUCACUUUGGUGUGUUAUAACCUAAUGGUCCUACAAAGGAGAGCUGUCACUGUUCUAAAUGAAUAUGGUGUUAUCUGCUUAACAGCUAAUUUUGUACCAUAAUUAUAUCUUUCCAAAUUUCCAAAUGUAAAAAAAGAGUAUUGGCAAUGCAAAUAAAAAAUACACAGCUUUUGCUACCGAUUUCACUUACUGUCGUAACUAUGUGAAUAUAUCUGAAGUGUUUUGUACAGUAAACAAGAGGUGUAUUCAGAAAAAUGUUGUAAUUAAGAGAAAAAAAUUAUGUGAAGGAUAAAAAUGAAAAUUUGAAAUAAUA